AUGUCGCACACUCGCCAUCACAGAAGGCAUCACACCUGGCCACACUGCGGCUCAGAGCUGUGUAUGCUAGAACCGCGCGGCCUCGACCUCCAUGUCUCCAAGCCAGGCACAGGACCCGCCAACUAUAUCCAGCGCUCAUUUCCCCAAGCCACCGCCGUGCCCUUCAUCACAGAGGACAUGCUGGGCGACGAUACAGAGAUGGCGGGCAUAGUCCGACCAUCAAAACGGAUGACUCGACUCUGGUUCCGAUCAUCCAAGGUGCGAAAUGAGGGCAUCCAGUUGUCGGCCUCGCCGGUCGACACCCGAAAAAAUAUCCAUCGCGGUGUUUUGCGCCGGCUGAUUCGGAGGCCGCCGUUGAACAAGACGCAGUCUUUGCUCGUGGUUCCUUCUAAUAUGGCAGCUGAUCCGAGUGUCAUGUCUGCGCUGAUCCGGCCUCAGGGGCUAGUACCGCUGAGUCCUGGAUCGGAUAGGGGGCGAUCGACGCUUACUAGUGUUGAUGCGGCGAAGUUCGUAGCUGAGAGACGGCAUCGGAGGUGUCAUUCUGAACAGCCGCGUGCCUGGAGGAGACCGAGUGCCACACUGUGGACGCUGCAGGAGUCUGGGGAAUGA